AUGUCUCCGCCAGGCUCGUCACAUACGAACCCCUUCACUGACUCGACCAUCCAAGAGUUCCUCGACACGAUUGACGAGAACAGUGUCCCCGGCGUCAUUUUCGGCGUCGAUUCCUCUCAGGAGCGCCCAUGGGUCCCUCACCGAGCAAUCGACGAGUACUUCGACUGCCUGUUCGAGCGUGGCCGUGCGAGGGUUGAGAAACUGGUUGCGAGAGCGACAGCAUCCUCUGCCUCAAAGCCCAUCCCCAAAUCAGUCGCCCAAAAGUGUCGACGUGUGUUCACCAUCUUACUGAUCAUUGGUCAUUCAAACCAUAUCAGUUCCUUCGUCGGGAACCAUAAUCUGUGGGAUAGUCGGCUCCCAUUCCGACCUGACGACCGCAAACUGUUCCCCAAGCUUAAUGGAGGCGAGGAUUUCUUCGAGCAGUUCUACAAAGAACAAUGGAGAUUCUGCGUGGAGCCUAUGAGCCAUAAUCUUCACCCAGUGACUAUGGAUGAUAUGAGGAUCUUGCCAAUAAUCAAGAUGGAACAGUUGGACAAGCAUCGGGGUGUCAGCGCAGUUGUACGAAAGAUUACAAUCCAUCCAGACUACGAUGAGCUAGACGAAACACCGCCAGAUGAGCAGACCAACAGGCAAAGCUUACAUGAGUAUGUCAUUAAGUCGUACCAUCAUCUAGAGGCAGAAAAGUACUACGACGCCGAAGUCGACGCUUUCCAGAAACUUCACGGGUCCGUUGAUCCGAUACCGAACCUCGUCGGGUUCCACGGCGCUUUUCGGCAAAACAAGAGCUUUCAUAUUAUCCUUGACUACGCGACCGUUGGGACCCUGGAGGAUUACCUCGAGGCUGUCAACCCUCCCAGGCGUGGGCAUGACAUUGUGACCAUGUGGGAGAACCUCUUUAAGCUGAACGACGCCCUGGCGCAAAUACACGGUCUUUCCCAGAGCAGCGAUAGUGAAAACCCACGAAUUUUCCAAGGAUGGCACCAGGACAUUAAGCCGAACAAUAUCUUGGUGUCUGGAGACAUUGUAAAUAAGCCGUACGAGGUUCGAUUCAUGCUGGCAGACCUGGGCUUGAGCCACUUCACCGCCGUAGUCGAGGACAAGACAGGCUCGACUGGUGAAGAUCGAGGCGGGUCCCAGGCUUACAGCGCUCCAGAACGCAACCGCGUGAGAGGGUUUGUCAACAACGUCCCGCAUCUCGAGAAGCAAAAGAGCGAUACUUGGUCACUUGGAUGCGUCUACAGCGAGGUCAAUGCAUGGGUCGUGGAUGGAAUUAAUGGCGACUUUGGAGUAACCAAGUAUCGAAACACACGCCAGCUGAAGUCGGGUCAGCUCGAUGAUUCCAUGGGCGCCUGUUUCCACAACAGCAAAGGAGAACUGCUAACUACAGUCCCGGAAUGGCAUGGCGAACUGGUGGACCGGUGUGCGAAGCAGGAUCAUAUCACGCCUAUCCUCUGGGAUGACCUGCUGGAACGCAUGUUUUACACCUCAAAAGAUCGACUCGACGCCCAGCAGGUGAGGACUUGGUCCAAUGCUGUCGUACAGAAAGCACGGCACAAGCUCUCGACUACACCAAACCCUCUGGAUAGGGCCCAGCCGUAUCUGCAGAAGCGUAACAAUACAGCACCGGCAUCUUCGCCUCAACACUCGGUUAUAGAGCCGCCGCGUACCCCACCCAACCUUCCAUCCGACAUGAUGGCCUUCCCGAUGACUCCUCCUUCCGGUACUCAAGGCAAGGCGCCGCACUUUCCGGACACAGACAAGAGCCGCGACCUGACCCACAGCCCCGACAGCCUUAAGCCGGGCGCCUCUCCAACUGCUGGACCAACGAACAGAGAGUCGUUUAAUUCAAUGUCUGCAAGCUACCGGAAUUCGGGGACGAACAUCACCACGGCCCCAGAUUUUCUACAGCGAAUGUCGAGUUCUUCUAUACAAGAGGACCAAUCGGAAUUAUACUCUGGCACCGACGCAGAUUCAUCACGACACUUCUCUGAGGCGCCUGCAUACUUGGGAGCCACCAUCGAAAGGAUUCCGGUAGAGGAAGAGCCUCUGGAACUAUCCGGGACGUCUCUGCUACCACCGCAGACGUCGACUCACGUCACAUUGCCUUCCCGGCCCGCAAGGCCUGAUCUACAAGAGGAGCAAGAUAUAGAUCUGAAAGGAAAGGGCAAAGCUCACGUGAAGGCGCAACCCAGGAGCAGGAAGCCCUCGAAAUCCCUGAGCGUAGACCAGCUGAAAACAUGGGCCGAGUUGACACGUAACCAGUCGAUUUUCAGAUCCAAAGAGCACAAACUCUCGUACGAGGACGAGUUGAUACAUCAACUAAAGAGCCGAGACCAUAUUUUCGUUAUCGACGAUGGAGAGAGCAUGUUGCCGUAUUGGGACGGUCUUCUAUCACUUUACGCCGACUUGAUCUAUAUGGUGAAGAAGAAGCAUCUCGACCCUAACGGCAGCGAGCUCCGUUUUAUCACUUCGGACCAACACAAGGAAGCAAAGAACACGACCGACCUUGUUCAAAUGGUGGCUAGCAUGCAAUGUCGUGCCAAGGGCGAAUCCAACUUUGCCGCACGGUUGGACAAGAUCUUUGUCGAAUAUCAACAGAAAUUGACCAAGAAGGCCUCCACCAGACCUAUCAGCAUCUAUGUUUUCACUGAUGGAGUUUGGCAAGGAGGCAGACAAGAGAUCAUGGUGGGAAGGUCCAUACAACGGAUGGUGAAAUUCCUUGAGCAGCGAAACUACCCCGAGAACAUGGUCGGGAUCCAGUUCAUCCGUUUCGGAAACGACGCCGAAGGAAUGGAGAGGCUGAGGUGGCUUGAUGAGGACCUACGAAUAGCAAUGGAUUUGAAGAGAGACAUUUGUGACACAACGAGUGCAAAGGGGAAUGUGUGGAAGAUGCUGUUGGGUAGCAUUAACGACUAUUGGGAUGAUGACCCUGAUCCAUGA